GCUGGUUCUCCAGGAUGGCAGAACGGGUAGGUCCGGUAGGACUGUAGGACGUACAGGACUCGGGGGCGCGAACACCGCAGCUAGUCCGAAUUCGCCAGCCGCUCGAUCCGGGUACGUGCCUCGCUCGUUAGGCUCGUUAAUCGCGACAUCGCACCGGUCACCGUGAUAUAUGCGUCGGCCUUUGGCGCGUUUUGCAAUGCCGUUUGCAGCUGACUGAACGCGAGCUUUUGCGGUCGAGGUUUGUGCGAAUCGAAUUCACGCGGAACACGGAACAGUUUCGAUUAGUCCGUUUUCUCUCGAGCCCUCGUCGCUUUGCCCGUCGUGCGUACACCGGAGCAUGAUCGAAGAAGGUAACGGAGGGACGGAACAUGCGGCGUAGCGCAGCACACGAGCUUAACGAACGGUAAAUCCACAGCCGCGGGUCGCGAAUUUAAGAGACAAUCGAAACGCAGGAUGGCGCUCGUCGUUAUCGUCAAGAACUUUCAAGGAUUGAAAUUUAAAGGGGACAAGGUUGUGAAGGUUGACUUCCGGGGUGCCCCUCAUUACUCGAAAUGCCUCGAAGACAGUGGAGAUCACAUUACGGUUGAUGAGAGUUUCACUUGGAACUUGGGGAGACCAGUGGACGAAGUAGAAAUCUUACAAUUGGCAGUAAUAUCGCGGGGUGUUUUGAAAAGCGAGAAGGUGCUGGCGAAAUAUGGCCUGGUUUUACAAACGGUGGUACGAGAAGGUCGAAUCGUUGUCACGGAUUCUUUGGUAGACCUCAAUAAUAAACCACUUCCGGCUGUUGUCUGCUUUGAAAUUCGAUACAACCCGCCUGACGGAAGUUGCAGCUCGUACGCGCCGUCGGAAAUAAUGGAGGACGAGCAACAGAUGCUGAUCGACAUCGAACAAAACAUCGCGAACCUCGAAAGAAGCCUCGAGCAAGCUAAUACGGGCGCCGACGCCGGCAAGAGGAAAGGUUCGUGGCACAGCCCUCAGAAAAGUACGAAACGGGGCCUCCUACAAAGGGGUAGCUCGUUGCUAACGGCAGAGAAAUCGCCCGAUCGUAAGAGCAGAAGUUCAACGUUGAAGAGCAUGAGAUCCCUUAUAAGAUUGGGGAAGCAAAGGCCACCCAGAGCUCGAUCAUGCGACUCAGGCUCGGAUACCAGCGAAUUGCUCGAUCGAAGGGACUCGAGUUGCGCAACGUCGAACGAACCCUCGAGAACGAACUCGAUGACUUCUUUGGAAACGAACGUUUCUGAUUAUGAUAGCCAAGGCGGAGUAAAUACGACGGACGGCCACGAGGAAGCGAUCAUGAAGCCAACGAAGAAAUCCAAGCCAAAGACCAUCGACACUGGACAAAGCGCGUUAAAGGCGCAAGAUUAUCAGGUUUGCAUCACUAUCAUCGAGGCGAGACAGUUGGCCGGUCUGAACAUGGAUCCAGUCGUUUGCGUGCAAAUUGGAGAUCAACGAAAGUACACCAGCGUCAAGGAGUCUACGAAUUGCCCGUAUUACAACGAGUAUUUCGUCUUCGAUUUUCACAUGCCGCCGGUCAUGCUGUUCGAUAAAAUUAUCACGCUGUCGGUGCAGCAAUCGCGGAAUCUCUUACGCGCUAAUCUAACGCUGGGCAGCUUUAAAUUAGACAUCGCGACCGUAUGGGCACAACCAGAUCAUCAAUUUUACCAUAAAUGGGCUUUGUUGACGGACCCGGACGAUGUGGCUGGAGGUCCAAAGGGUUAUCUGAAGUGCGACAUAAGCGUGAUCGGCAAAGGCGACACAGUGAAAAUCCCUCCCAAAAGUGAGAAGGAUGAGGACGACAUCGAGGGUAAUCUUUUGCUUCCGGAUGGCGUGCCUAUCGAAAGGCAACGGGCCAAGUUCAUCGUGAAGGUGUACAGAGCCGAUGGGCUACCGAAGAUGAACAGCAGCAUUAUGGCGAACGUAAAGAAGGCGUUUACCGGCGAGGUCAAGGAUCUUGUCGACCCAUACGUUCAAGUGUCCUUCGCCGGAUUAACCGGUAAGACGAGCGUUAAGAGGCACAGUUACGCGCCAGUUUGGAACGAACAGAUCAUUUUCACGGAAAUGUUCCCGCCCCUCUGUCAGAGGAUUAAAAUUCAGUUAUGCGACGACGAUCCGGUUCACGCGACCGUCAUCGGUACGCAUUUUGUCGAUUUGAAGCAAAUCAGCAACGACGGCGAGAAGGGAUUUUUACCAACCUUUGGGCCAGCUUUUAUUCAUUUCUACGGAAGUAUUAGGGAUUACAGUAUUAUAGACAAGCACUCCACGUUGAACGCUGGAUUGGGGGAAGGAAUUUCUUACAGAGCAAGAUUAUUAAUAGCUAUUAGAACAGAAAUAAGCGACAACGUAGAAAUGGCCCCGUCGGAGGUUGAAGUGGAACCGACGAUAUCCGUCAACGAAUCCGCUUAUGCCAGGAACGAGGAAUUUUUUCUUUUUGCCACUAUAAUGGAUGCCACGAUGAUCGACAAGAAGCUCGGCGACAAACCAAUGUAUUUCGAAUUAUCGAUCGGCAACGCGGGGAAUGCUUUGGACGGACACAACGAAAGCUCCAAGAUGUGCGAUAUGGGACCAAAAAGUGGAACGAGCGGCGAUCAAGAGGAGCUGCAGGAAGUGUUGAGCGGAUCCUGGCAAAGUACAACGCCAGCUUGUAAACCGAUGACGCACGACAAAAUCUAUUAUUUUUUGCCAUACUGGGAUGAUAAGCCUUGCCUUCACGUUAGAAGUAUUUGGCCCGACUACAGACGCAGGAUGUACAACAGCAAUAUAAUCAGCAGGAUUUCCGAUAAGUUGGAGGAAGGAUUAUCGGAGGCUCAGUCGCACGCGGACGACUGUUCAGGCGAGAAAAUUUUGAAGGCUGCAUUGGAGGAAUUGAGCAGCAACUGCAACCGAUAUGUCAGUAUCAGUAAAUCGAGUGUCACCGGUCCCGGUGUUGGCAAGACGAAACUCGAUAAAGAGAGAACGAAACUGUGUCAGAGGGAAUUGGAGAAUAUAGGAAUUAUGUCACGAAAUCUCAAGGCCGUCGUCACUAAGAGUAGUUUCAAGGAAAGAUUGAAGACCGCUCAAGGCUAUUUGCAGAAACUGAAGUUUCUCGUUGAGGACCCUCAGGAUUCUUUACCGGAUGUUUUCAUCUGGGUGAUCAGUUCCGGACGUCGGAUCGCGUACCACAGAAUACUCGGAAGGGAUUUGAUCUACUCGAUCGUCGAUGAAGAAUGUGGCAGACAUUGCGGCAAAGUUCAAACCAUGUUUCUUAAACUUCCAGGGAAGAAACGAUUCGGACCUUCAGGCUGGGCGAUACAGACGAAAUUACAAAUUUACAUGUGGCUGGGCAUCUUGAAGCAUAAGAAAUACUUCACGCAAGGUUUGCAAAAGGGUUACGAGCUUAGUCACGAGUUGAAAAACGUGGACAGGCCGCGCGCGUUACCACCGACUAUUAUUCAUUACGUUGAAAAACACAAGUUCCAGUUAAGAGCGCACAUGUAUCAGGCCCGAUCUUUGAUCGGCAGCGAUGCAUCUGGUCUCUCCGACCCCUUCGCGAGAGUUAUUUGCGGCGAAUUUUGCAAAUCUACUCAAGUGAUCGACGAAACUUUGAGUCCAACGUGGGACGAACUUCUUCUCUUCGACGACAUCUUAAUCUAUGGGACUGACGAAGAAAUUAAGAAGGAACCACCGUCAAUUGUCAUCGAACUCUUUGAUCAAGACAAAGUGAGUCAUUUUGUAACUAUGGACAUAACACUGCAUGAGGGCUCUGCUUUAACAGGGAAAUCGGAGUACAUAGGUCGGGCUGUUGCACGACCUCACGUGAAACUUGCCUCAGAAUCUUAUACGCCACCCAAAUUUCCACCGUCGUUAGAAUGGUACGAUGUAACAAGAGGUGUUGCAAGAGCCGGUGAACUUCUUGCCGUUUUCGAGUUACUCGAAUAUCCGUCGGCGAAGGAUUAUGGCUUUCCCACGUUGCCGGAUCCGAAGGAAAUGCCAAGCCAAACGUCCAUCGCUGCUCAGGAUCGGGGACCUAUUCUUCCGGUUCCGGUUGGUAUCCGACCAACUCUCUCCAAAUAUCGGAUCGAGGUUUUGUUUUGGGGUCUAAGGGAUUUAAAGAGGAUACAUUUAAUGACCGUGGACAAGCCUCGAGUAGACGUCGAAUGUGCUGGUCACAUCCUCUAUUCUUCGGUUAUAACAAACGCUAGGAAAAAUCCAAAUUUCAACACACCGGUGAAGUUCUUGGAACUAGAACUACCGGAGCAGGAGCUCUAUCGGCCACCUUUGACCAUCAGGGCUGUAGAUUGCAGAAGUUUCGGCCGUUAUACUCUCGUUGGAACGCACACGAUAAAUUCGAUCCAUAAAUAUAUGUAUUAUCCGCAAACGAAGAAAGCGAAGGACGUCGAAGAGAGAAAGAAGAAUUUGUAUCAGUUGCAGCAAUACACAGGUUUCGAUACAUCGAAGACUAAAUUACAUUAUCCAUCUUUACCAGAGUCAUUAACCGAUCUCGAGUUCGUUAUUGGAGACGUGAUUAUUACUCUCGGUUUGGAGCCUGGUUGGCCAACGAAGAAAGACAAAACGGAACAGAAUAUUAAGAAGAAGCAAAGCUUGGCCAACGAUGGAAGUAUGGGUGAUUUCAGUACGUUCGACGACGAGGACGGUUGUCAAGACUGGUGGACGAAAUACUUUGCUUCUGUCGAAGUUAUGAUAGAAGAAAACAAGGAGCUACGCAGGGAGAAACCAAUGUUUCAGACACAAGCAAACGGCACCGUUCCAACGUUCAUGGAGGAAAAUUACGGUCAAAAUCAAGCGAAUCUGUCUGGCGAGAAGAGUCCUGGCGUUACAGCGAAAAGAUUGUUUGGCCUAAAGUCGACGGCGAAUGCGGCCAGGUUCGUUUCGAAGCAUUCCUACCAGAAGUUCCCGAAAACGGCGCUGUUGAAAGUGUAUCCGAACGAACUGGAAGCUCAGCCGGAGUUUGAGCAGUUCAAGGAAUGGCUGCACACGUUCGAGCUUUACAGAGGGAAGAAAACCGGGGACGAGCCUGAGGACGAGUCCCGAAUAGUCGGUAGCUUCAAAGGAGCCUUGAAGGUUUACAAAUGGCCUCUCCCCAAAGAUUUGAUCGAUCACACGGUGAUGGGAUUCGAUCCGCAGUAUGGCUUUUUCCAAGGCGUACCUUCGAACGAACCGAUUCACGUAUUGGUACGAGUGUACAUCGUCAAGGCAAACGAUCUUCAUCCUUGUGAUCUGAAUGGCAAAGCAGAUCCUUAUGUGGUCUUGCAAUUGGGUGGCAAAAGGAUCAGUGACAAAGAGAAUUAUGUGUCAAAGCAGCUCAAUCCCGUAUUUGGCAAGUGUUUCGAGAUAGAAGCAACCUUCCCGCAGGAUUCGUUGCUGACGGUUCAGGUGUUGGACUGGGACUUGGUCGGCACGGACGACAUGAUCGGUGAAACGAAAAUCGAUCUGGAAAAUCGAUUUUACAGCAGGCACCGUGCCACUUGCGGACUAGCCAAAAAAUACGACGAGUCUGGUUACAACAAAUGGAGAGACGCGAUGAAACCGACGCAAAUCUUACUGAAACUUUGCAAAGAAGGGAAGAUCGACGGGCCGGUAUAUUCGCACGGGAAAGUAACAAUCGGAAGAAAGACGUUUUCUUUAUCGAAUGAGGAAAUGGAAUGCUAUGUUCAUACGAAAGGUAUAGAAGAACAUCUUGCAUUGGCAGUCCUUCAUCAGUGGCAUGCUUUUCCAAGAAUCGGUUGCGCUUUGGUCCCAGAGCAUGUAGAAACACGUCCACUUUAUAAUCCUGAAAAACCAGGGAUCGAGCAAGGAAAAUUAGAAAUGUGGGUCGACAUGUUUCCCAUGGACAUGCCAUCACCAGGACCGUCGAUAGAUAUCUCGCCGAGAAAGCCUAAAAGUUACGAACUUCGGAUUAUUAUAUGGAACACCGACGACGUUGUACUGGAAGAUGAUGCAUUCUUCACUGGCGAAAAGAUGAGCGACAUUUAUGUUAAAGGAUGGUUAAAGGGUCCAGAAGAUUGCCAAUCAACAGAUAUCCAUUAUCGAUCUUUAACCGGAGAAGGCAAUUUCAAUUGGCGCUUUAUAUUUCCAUUCGAUUAUCUCGUAGCGGAAGAGAAGAUUGUUAUUAAUCGGAAAGAAAGUCUGUUCAGCUGGGAUGAAACUGAAUGCAAAAUACCUGCUCGUUUGGAAUUACAAGUCUGGGAUGCAGAUCACUUCUCAGCCGAUGAUUUUCUGGGUGCUAUUACUCUAGAUUUAAAUCGAUUCCCGCGUGGUGCAAAGAACAGCAAACUUUGCACGUUAAGUAUGCUAAAGACUGAUGGAUCUGUUCCAACGGUAAAUAUAUUCAAACAGAAACGAAUAAAAGGUUGGUGGCCUUUCUAUGUUAAAAAAGAAAACGAAGAUAUGGAAUUAACGGGUAAAGUCGAAGCUGAAAUUCACUUAUUAACCAAAGAAGAGGCUGAGAAAAAUCCUGCAGGGUUUGGAAGAAACGAACCGGAUCCGCUUGACAAACCAAAUCGACCUGAUGCAUCUUUCAUGUGGUUUUUGAAUCCCUUGAAAUCAAUUAAAUAUAUAGUAUGGCACAACUAUAAGUGGGCAAUUCUAAAAGCUAUCGUAGCAAUUGGAUUAAUAAUACUUAUAUUAUUGUUCUUUUACGCAAUACCUGGUUAUUCUGUUAAAAAGUUGUUGGGAGCUUAGAAAUAUCACUUGCAAAUAUUAUUGGUAUAUAUAUACCAUAUGAUAUUUUGAAUAUAAAAGAUAAUAUUUUGAUAAGAAACAACACAGAAGUAACUUUACAAUUACAUUAUCACUUAAUUUUAUAGGUAAAACUUUGAAUUUUUCAAAGUUUAACAAAGUUAACUUUGUUAUUAAUUAACAAAGCUAUAAUAAACAUACAAUAGCUAUAAUAAACAUUAUAGAAAGCUUAUUUUUUCAUUUAAUAUUUAUUUUGUGCUACAUUUUACCACAUAAAUUUGAUAGGCCUCAAAAUAUAAAUUGUCUAAUAGUUAUGAAUUUUUAGCUAACAACUCGAAUAUCUUUUCCUUUUGCAAACAAUUCUAAAUAUCAAAAUAAAAACUAAUUGUGCUUCUAGAGAUCUUUCUAAUAAAUAAUCGCUGUAUAGUGGACCAACGAAACAGUAAUAAAAGCUAAUGUAUAUAUAAAAAGCAGUACAAUAAAUAAUUAGGAAUUAUUAGAUGCAGAACAAUAAUACAUUAUAUAUAUAGAGUAUUUGCAGUAUUAUUGACCAGCAUUUUUCUCGUAAAUGAUAAGUUUUUGAA